UACUCCUGGGCGUAAAAUUAAACCUAUAAUAUUAGUAUUUUUAAUUUAUCUUAUUGGAUCGUAAGCUAUAAAAUAUUUUAAUUAUUGAUGUGUAAACAUCUUUAAGUGUAUUCAAAUACACUUAAAUCUGUGAUUGAGUAUAAGCUAGCUAUUUUGAAGCAAUUUCAGAUGAAUAUUAUUAUAUACUAUACAUUUUCAACAUAUAAAUACAUUUAUUAAAAAAAUCACCAAAAAAGUCAUUCACAAUUAUAUUCCAUUCACAUAACAUUCAUUGGACAUUUCCAACAAUAAAAUAAAAAAAGUUAACGUGCAUAUCAAAUACAUUCCAAUAAUAUUAUUACAUAAAAAUGGGGAGUGGGAAAAUCAAUAAUAAUUUAAAAAUUACAAAAUACACAUUUAACUAUUAAUGUACUAAUUUAAAUAAAUCUAGAUUUUAAAAAUGAUAAUGAAAUUAUAAUCAGGUGGUUUUAGGCUGAAUGCUAAUAUAGGAAAAAGUAAAACCUAUUCUAUUCUGUGGUAUUACGGUAGGACACUUCUGGGCGGCAAGCUGAUUAUAGAGACAACAACUCUCUGCCGAAAAUUGUGCUUUUAUUGUUAUAUUGUGUCAUUUUGUGCAUAAUAUACCGAAUAUUUCUUAGUUAAUUAUUUUGUCCGAUUUAUAUUAAUAUAAUCAUCAUGGUUUAUGUAUGCCUUGUGAAAGGUUGUAUAAAUUCGUUCAAGUAUACAACGAAGAAGUGUAAACUAUUUAAAUUUCCAAAAGACGAAUUAAUGUCCAAGCAAUGGUUGAUAAAUUGUAAUCGGCAAGAUUUAAUUGGAAAAUCAUUGGAGUACUUCAAGGUUUGUUCAGAUCAUUUCUUGGAAUGUAUGUACAAAACUGCAGAAAAAAAAGUUCUAUUGCCUCAUGCUGUUCCUACUGAUUUCACAAUGAUUCCUAAAGAAGAUUCUUGUACUACUACGGCCUGUCAAGAUACAAGUAUUUCCAACCCAAUAUCUAAUGCUUCAGUUUCUACAAGUACUCCAUUAAACCAAGAAGAGUCAUUUUCUUAUUCUUGUUUACCAUCUCAAAGUACAUCAUGUUCGACUGAUCAACCAAUGUCCUCAUCAACACAAACGACUCAAUUACUCUCAUUACAUACACCUAGAAAACAAAAGUAUAGAGCUCAACUUCAAAACAUUAAAAAUAAAUAUGAACAAUUAGAACAGAAAUUUGAAGCAUUGAGUCAAGAAGUACACAAAAAAAGUUGUGCAAAUGAAAUAGAUGUUACUUCAGUAGAAUUAUUUAAUCGAGUUGUUGAAGCACAGUUACCUCCUAAUCUGAGCAUGGUUAUUAAACAGUAUGUACAAAUGGGCAAGAGAAAACCUCAAGGUGUGCGGUAUUCAAAUGAAAUCAAGCAGUUGGCUCUAACAAUAUUUUUCUUUGGUCCUCAAGUAUACACAUUUUUAAAAACAUUGUUGCUAUUACCCAGUUCAAGAACUUUACGAAGAAUAACACAGAAAAUUAAUAUAGUACCUGGAUUAAAUGAUGUCAUAUUUGAAACCAUAGAAUUGAAAAUAAAUAAUCUAAAAGAUGAUGCAAAGGAUUGUGUUUUAUGUAUUGAUGAGAUGUCAAUUAAAACACAUUUAUUUUACAAUUUGUCACAUGAUUAUAUAGUAGGGUUUAAUAAUUCGUACGACAGAAAAACAUAUGAACCAGCAAAGCAUGUACUCUGUUUUAUGUUAAGAAGCAUAAAUUAUAAUUGGAAGCAGCCUAUAGCAUACUUUUUCAUCAACAAUAGUUGUACUGGACUUCAUCUUCAAAAUACUAUAUUUGCAGUUAUUAGUCGUAUCCAAAAGACAUCACUCAAUAUAAGAGUAUUAACAACUGACCAAGGAUCUAAUUUUACAAGUUUUGCAAAGGCCAUGAAUGUAUCGUGUGAACGUCCAUUUUUUUUUGUUAAUGGCAAUUCUGUGAUUGUACCCACAUAAUAAU